AUGGCGUCCAGUAGCAUGGAUAAACAGCUAGCCUCAAUAGCCCCUGGCCCCGGACCAUUGCGAGAGAUUCGGCCAUUGAUGAAGAACAAGAAGAGUUCCAGCGCAUGUUUGCCUUGUAAACAGGCUAAGAGAAAGUGCACUGGACGACCGGCUCCAUGCAAAGCAUGCGAGGCUACCAACGGCAACUGUGUCCCAGAAGGCGCAAGGCGACCUAGAGCGCUACCAGAAUACCUGCGCACGGCAAACGACGAGCGGAUAUAUCGAAUUCUCGAAACAAUACGCGCGGGUGGUGAUGUCGAGAGGAAUAUUACCCUCGUCAUUCAGCCAGCUCUCGCCGAGGGUUCACCGGUUGAUGACAUGGCAGUCGAGGCAAGUGACACCAGCUCAGACGAUUAUAAAGUCCGCAAGGACUCGAGAAUAACCGUGGAAAAAUUGUGUGACAACCCAUUAUUUCAAGUGCUAUGCAAACCCUGGACCGAAGUGACGAAUGAUGAUCACCUCAUCUCCGGUUUAGUAUCAUUAUAUUUCACGUGGGAUCAUCCCCUUAUGCAGGUGGUUGAUCAGGAAAUGUUCUUGCACGAUAUGCGUGCUGGUGAUCUUAGUUCAGAGUUUUGCAGCCCUGUCCUUGUGAGCAGUAUUCUCGCGGUGGCCUGUACUUAUUCUCCUUACCCCGAGGCAUACGCUGCGCCUGGUGAUACAGCUUCUCGAGGUCAGCAUUUCUUCGACGAAGCAGAGGCCCGUUGGAAAGCUGAAGAAGGCCGGCCUUCUUUAGCAAAUAUUCAAGCUCUGGCCUUGAUGAGCCACAACUUGAAACUCCAAGGGAAGGAUAAUGCAAGCUGGCUUUAUCUCAGACAAGCCGUUCAGCUCGGGCAGGACAUCGGCCUAUUCAAUAUACCGAAGUCAAGGCAUAAUGACUGGGACCAAAUGUCUGAACGUAUCAGACAUGCCAGUGCACAGACUGCUUGGAGCAUCUUUAUCCUAAACUCACAGUUGUCCAUGGAGUCUCGCAAGACCGCAAAUCUCGGCGUUCCCAGGUUAUCGCUCGACCGAAUAGACCACCUCGAAAAGGAUGCGCUUUGGAUACCAUACCACUCUCGCUCGAGUGACGUCGAGUUCCUCAAAAAGCCGGCUCUCCUCCGCGAUGUAAUGGUUGGACUGGUCGGCUUGACCGAAACUAUCAUGGACAUCCAGAACCUUUUCUUUGACAAAGCGCUCGACCUUAGUAUGAGCAUCGACGAGUUGUGGAAGGAAGCGAGUUCGUUGCACCGGCGCCUUCAGCUAUUUCUCGAGAGAAUAACGGACAUCGAGGCGCCACCGGUUCCGCAAGUACUCUUUCUGCAUAUCAGAUGCCACGAAGUCAUCAUCAUGCUCUUCGAGACCCUUCUAGAACAGCAAAACCUCACAUCCUCCCUAGAGCCGUCGACAAUCGAGGAAGCCAAGUCAAAUCGGUUCCGUGCUGCCAUCCAGAUCGCUCACUAUCUCCAAAUAUAUCGUGACCAUUAUGAGCUGCCACAAACACCAAGUUUGAUGUUUUGGCCCGCGAAGAGCAGCGCCCUCGUGUUACUUCCAUUCCUGGGUGACGAAUCGGCCUGCAACGCGUUCAAUGAGCUUUAUGACUUCCUCGUGGCCUUCAGCGCGAGGUUUCCGGCCGCCAAGGCGACAAAAUGCGAGAUCGACGCCUUUUUCCGUGACUCGAACAUUUCGUUACCUUUCGAGCUGGCCGUAUGA